AUAUGUAAAAUAUUUCAAAUAAACCCAGUGUUUGUCGUGUACUUGUACCUUUUAGGCCACCGUAGUUGUAUCUGAGGAUUCGUGUUAUGGCCGCCAUGGAGCGAGUUUACCAGGACACUUUUUAAUAAACUGCUCACUCUCGGAACAGAUCAUGUGAAAUGGCAGCCGUCUUCCUGGUGACCCUGUAUGAGUACUCCCCACUGUUUUACAUAAGUGUGGUUUCUCUGUGUUUCCUUGUUACAGCUGCCAUGGUGCUCGGCUGGUUUGGCUUUGAUGUCCCAGUGAUUCUUCGCAGCUCUGAUGAGACAGAGUCUGCCCUACCAACCCCUGAGAAGCAAAUGGUUCAGGUGAUCAAUCCCUUCGCCCUGGAGUUGGGCUCUAGAGCGGCAUCUGUCACAGAUGGCACAUCAGUGAGGCUUUGCUGCCUUGAGCCCUGUGUCCUGAGCUGUUUCUGGGGCUGUGAGGUCAGCGCCCUGCAGGGAGCACUGCAGACUCACCAGCACAGCUCGAGGCUCAGGACCCCCCAGGAUUUCCAGGAGGCCCUGCACCUGCACUACCACCACUACCAGAGCUUCCAUGUCAGCAGUGAAGACAGCGAAGAACGCCACACACAGAUUCCUGCUGAACACGGGAUCACAGACUUUGGACGGAUGCCAAGGGAACGCUACCCUCUUGUGGCUGUGCUGACGCUGGCGGAGCCAGAAGCUAGAGACACAUACAACAUUGUGGCCAGUGUGACAGUUAUUCAUGUUCCUGAUGCCAAAUACAGCCUCUCUGCACGUCUUCUCUUUCAGUACCUUCUCACCUCACAGGGGAACAUGUACGAGUUAAAGCCUCUCUUUAUGUCAGCUGACAGCGGGGGGGUUUCUUGGCCUCCUGACUCGGAGCAGAGCUCCACACCCGGUGAAGCUGCCGAGGAGACCCGCAGAGAGGAGCAGAGUCCGGUGCUGGAGGAGGAUGAGAGCUGGUCGGAGGGGGUGGGCAGAGACUGCGUGGUUUGUCAGAACGCAGCAGUGAACAGGGUGCUGCUGCCCUGCAGACACGCCUGUGUGUGUGACAGCUGUGCGUCACACUUCCAGCACUGCCCCAUCUGCAGGGCCUUUGUCCUGGAGUCCUUCACCUUGAUGCAGGGACCAGCUGCAGAGCAUUGAAUUCACACUGACCCAGUGAAUGUCAUGUUAUAUAUAACAUGCAGCAGCUCAGUCAUCACUGCUGAAAAUGCCCUGCAGCUCCCUGACUCCAUCUGGAUGGUGGAGUGAUUUUACAUCCAGCUUCCAUGGAUAGAACCAUUCAUCUGGACUGUAGAGAUGUAGCAUCUGUAACAUCAGCUGCAGACAACACAAACUGCACAGUCAUAAAACCACCGAAUCAGAGCAGUGUGGAUGCUGAUGCUGUUUAACAGGGACCUGAGAUCUGUAACAGCUCUGCUGCAUGGCAGGUAGACAGUCAUAAAUGCACCAUUUCAUGUAGUGUGGCUAUAUCUAUGCAAACACAAAAAUAUUAAACUGUUCUUAAAACCGUUUAGGACACCUACAUGGUGUACAUUGUUUCAGCACAAACUCAGCUAUAAUAAUGACUCCUCAGUUUAACAAAGUAUAAAGUUGACAAAAUACAAAAAAGUUAUAUAGGCACCAAAGAAAACUUACAAACAAUGAGUGAUAAUCUCGGAAAAUAUUACUAUAGAGCAGAUAUAUAGAAUAUUACUAUAGAGAAAAAGAUAUUGUUUCCCAAUUUAUACACACAAAUACAACAGAAAAAUGUAAGAAUUAUAACUGUAAUUAAGUUUAUUUACAUGAAAAGUGAUUUUAUUUAAUUUCAUUUCUAUGCCUGUUUCAUUGAAAGUUGAUGUUAAAUAUUAAUAAUUUACAGUUUAAAGAAUUUCUCUCAUUUCAAUGUUUUAUGGCCCACUGAUAUAAAUGAGAUAUUGUGUGAAAGUUCUACAUCUACACUUUUCUCAGCUUGUCCCUUGAUUAUAUGGAGACGAGUUAUGUUACUAUUAAGUAAUCAGGCUCGGUGUAUCCAGACUACAUUAACCGGACUCAGUGCAAAUGAAGGUGACUGUAAACUGUAGAAAAAUUGCUCCUGUUGUAAUGAGUGAGGACACACCAGCAGCUGUGAGCCUGGGGACUGACUGGCAUCCAGCAGAAGGCACCACACUGGAGACCAUGGUGAUGGUGCAUGUGGGUCUUCAGACAGACUGUAGUUGUGUAUUUUGUGUCUUUAUUGUGUGCAUGCUGAUUGAGCAUAAGUGAAGAGUGUGAGUUGUUUGUGUGAAGAACAGCUGAACAUUGAUAAAAUUACAAUUAAUUAAAUAAAAUUGAUUGUAAUGAC